AUGAGAGAGAUGCUGUCUGCGGCAGUUGUGACGAUACUCCUAGUCGCCUUCGAGGGCUGUGGCGUCGCGGCGAGGUCUGAGCCACAGCCAUCGGUCAUCAUCGUCGGCGCCGGCAUGUCCGGUAAGCUGCCGCGGAGGUGCCCUAGUACCUUACGUCGCGUCAUGGAAGUAACGUAUCGUCCGACUAUAUGUCGCAGGCAUAUCGGCGGCGAAAACGCUUUCGGAGGCCGGGAUUAAGAACAUACUCAUACUCGAGGCCACAAACCGUAUCGGUGGCCGGAUUCGCAAGGCUAAGUUUGCUGGCCUCAACGUGGAGAUCGGUGCAAACUGGGUCGAAGGAGUCAAUGGCCAGGAGGUGAACCCGAUAUGGACCUUGGCCAAUAAACUACGCCUUAGAUCUUUCCUCUCAGAGUUCGGUAACCUUUCAUCGAACGUCUACCAGUAAGCAUCAUCAGCUCCUCCUCUUCCUCCUUUUCCCGACUGUCUUCACACUUGUACUAUUGUGAAACAUCAUUCUAAGACUUGUUAACUACUCAGGACUGGGUUAUACGAGGCCUCUACGGCUCAGAAAGUCGUGGACAACGCGGAUAAGGUUGCGGAAGCCGCAGCAGAGUUUACAAAGUCCUUGUCUCAGAGUGGACAGGAUGAUAUCUCCGUGUUAACCUUCCAACGACUCUCCCAAAGGUGGCCACUCUCUAGCAUUCUCUAAAUUUUGAUUUCGUAAAGCGACGACCUUUUCAGUCUACUCUUAUUCCUUAUUUACCUUCACCGCCUUCGACCCAUCAUUUUUUCUCUCUGCGGCCAACCUAGCGUGCCCUCGACAGCGAUAGAUAUGGCUGUGGACUACUUCAAUCACGAUUACGAGUUCGCCGAACCGCCGCGCGUGACUAGCCUUCAGAACACGGAGCCUCUCCCGACGUUCGCCAACUACGGGGAAGAUGUGUACUUUGUGGCAGACCAGCGGGGUUAUGAAAGCACGGUGUAUCACUUGGCCUACCAAUUCCUGGCUUCCGACGGCAAGGGCACCAUCACUGACCCUCGUCUCAAGCUUAAAAAUGUGAGUUCUUCACACAUCGUUUUCUCUUCUUUCCCUCUCUCCUCCCCCCCCUCUCUGUCUGCCUCUCUCCUCUAUCUUUUCUCUCACCCCACCCCUCUCUCUCCUCCAUCUCUUCUCCCCCGCCUCUCUCUCUGCUCUAUCCCUUCUCCCCCUUCUUUCUCUCCUCUAUCUCUUCUCCCCCCUCCCUCUCUCCUCCCCCCUUCCUCUCUCUCUCCCCUCUCUCUUCGCUCCCCCCCUCUCUCUCCUCUCUCUUCGCUCCCCCCUCACUCCUCUAUCCCUUCUCUCUUCUUUCCCUUUCUCUCUUAUUUUCUUUUCUUCCCUCCCUCCUCUCUCCCUCUCUCGUCGAUCUUCUCUUUCUCUGUCUCUCUGCCUCUCCCUUCUUUCAAGGCGUGAACUGUGUCACACGUUCCCCAUCGUGCGGCGAUGGUUCAAGGAGCGAUGCUUCGUGAAACCGCUUUGAAGUUCAUGGUCUAGGUUUUAAAAAUAAAGGAUUGAAUUAUUAGAUAUGAGCCUUAUGAGAUCCGAUAUAUUAUCGGUCCAAUUUUCAUGGAACAGGGCUUCAAAAUAUGCCGGCAAAUAAUUUUAAGUUUAGGCCAGUCCGAUCUCCUAUGGGUGAAACUUGGCCUUGAUAGGGUCCAUUCAGGAGAUUGGCCCUUGAAGCUAGACUUGGUACCAUAAACUAUUACAUUGUAGAUAAGAUUGUAAAUACUUCUGAACUUUUAAAUUAUUCCGAUCUUGCAAUUUCAUAUUCAAAAGCUAACUUGUUGUUAUCAUCUGCUAUAGGUGGUGAACCAUAUAGAGCAUUCACAAAGUGGGGUGACCGUUAAGACAGAGGACGGUUCGACUUAUACCGCUGAUUAUGUGAUGGUUUCUGCCAGCGUCGGCGUCCUUCAGACUAAUCUCAUUAAGUUCCAACCAGAUUUACCUGUAAGUUUUCUUUUUCUACUCUCACACAAGUAUGGAGGAGGAGGGAGGAAGCAAGAGAGAGAGAGAGAGAGAGAGGGGGAGAGAGAGAGACAGGGGAGAGAGAGAGAGGGAGAGAGAGAGAGACAGAGGAGGGAGAGAGAGAGAGAGACGGGGGGGAGAGAGAGACAGGGGAGAGGGAGAGAGAGACAGAGGAGGGAGAGAGAGAGACAGGGGAGAAGGAGAGAGAGAGACAGGGGCAGGGGAGGGAGGGAGAGACAGGGGAGGGAGAGAGAGAGACAGGGGAGAAGGAGAGAGAGACAGGGGAGAAGGAGAGAGAGAGACAGGGGAGAGGGAGAGAGAGAGACAGGGGAGGGGGAGAGAGAGACAGGGGAGAGGGAGAGAGAGAUGGGGGGGGGGGAGAGGGAGGAAGGGAGAGGGUGGAUUUGUUGAUAAACGAAAGAGCUACACUUCUAUCCAAUAAGAAUCGAAUUUGCGCUUAAUCUUUUUGGCGGGUUUAUUUUUCAUAUGGCUGAAUAAUCUGUGGCUUCCAGACGUGGAAGAUCCUUGCCAUCUAUCAGUUCAGCAUGGCAGUGUACACCAAGAUCUUCGUCAACUUCCCUUCCAAGUUCUGGCCCAGCGGUAAUGGAACAGAGUUCUUCCUCUAUGCAAGUGAGAGGAGGGGUUACUAUCCAGUCUGGCAGGUAUCGACCUGACCUUUCUCUCAGAUGAUAGGCAUCCAUAGAUGCAUACGUAUGUUUCAUGUAUGGUAGAAGCGAAAUGGAGCUAAUCUAUUGUUUCUGUGGCUACAGCAAUUCGAAUCUCAGUACCCCGGAGCCAACGUCCUCCUCGUGACGGUCACCGAUGAGGAGUCGAGAAGGAUCGAGCAGCAGCCGGAUUCAGUGACGAAGGCUGAAAUCAUGGAGGUAUUGAGGAACAUGUUCGGAAAGAAUAUACCUGAGGCCACAGACAUACUCGUCCCGAGGUGGUGGUCUGACCGGUUCUACAAAGGAACAUUCUCAAAUUGGCCGAUUGGAGUCAGCAGAUACGAAUACGAUCAGAUCAGGGUAUCUUCUCAUUUUCUCCUAAGGAUAUAUUGAAUUGUAUGGUAAAAAAUUAUCCAAUUAUUUUUCGGAAGCAGCUGGGAUGAUUCAGCUCCUUCUUCUUGUCUUAUUUCAAUAAUGGGAAAAGGCUCCUGUGGGAAGGGUUUACUUCACCGGCGAGCACACAAGCCAGCAUUACAAUGGAUAUGUCCACGGCGCCUAUCUCUCAGGUUUCUAUAUAAUGAGUUAUUUCCAGAUUAUAUGCACACGUCUUCGUUACGGUUUAUUGUUUUGCCUUCUCGGUGAUGACCGGAACCGAUUUUCCUUAGGUGUGGAUUCUGCGUUCAUGUUGAUUGGCUGCAUCAAGUAUGGAUCCUGCGAUGUGGAAACCGAUCCCAAAGCUUAG